UCCUCGCCGUUUUGGUCCGUGUCAAACUGGAAGACCUGUAUUACAUCACGAGUGUACUCACGGUGAACCGAACCGAAGGGGCGUUAAUGCAUGUAAUACUCAUCGCAACGAUAGAUUCUCUGCAGACAUUCAUGUACAGCAAGUAAGGACCUUCCAAGUUAACAACAAACUGAGAUAUCUAUACUCACUAAGAUCCCAAUAUGAAGUUUGCUAGUACAAGAGGUGGUGCACGUGGAUUGACGUUUGAAGAAGCCUUGUAUUCAGGCUAUGCAGCCGAUGGAGGAAUACUCCUCCCAGAGUCCGUCCCCCAGAUUUCGACAGAUACCCUCAAGUCAUGGGCAGGCUUGUCCUAUGUCCAAUUGGUGAAGAAAAUCAUUCCAUACUUUGUUGGGGAGGAGAUUCCAUUGGAAGACCUCAGUGAACUGGUGGACAAAGCCUUCAGCAGGUUCUCCCAUCCUGACAUCAUUCCAAUAAAGAAGUUUCCCGGUGGGCUGAAUGUCAUGGAGAUGUGCCAUGGUGCCACUUUCGCUUUCAAAGAUCUGGCAUUGUCCUGUCUCGGACAAUUCUUUGACUACUUUCUGAACAAGAGGAAGAAACAUCUCACCGUCUUGACAGCUACGUCAGGAGAUACAGGCAGUGCCGCCAUAGAGGCUGUGCGUGGGAUGACAUGGGUGGACAUCAUUGUGUUGUUGCCCCGGGGCCGAACGUCCAGGUUUCAGGAACUCCAGAUGACCACAGUGAUUGAAGAUAAUGUUCACGUGUAUCGAAUUGACGGAACCAGCGAUGAUGGCGAUAUUCCAAUCAAAGAGUGUUUUGCUGAUGCUGCAUUUGUGAAGAAGCACAAUCUUUGCUCCAUAAACUCCAUCAACUUUGCUCGUAUCAUGGUGCAAGUCGUUCACUACUUCUACGCCUAUCUACAGAUGCGUCCAGCUUGUGACGGUGAGGUUGAAAUAGCCAUCCCAACCGGAGGCUGCGGCAAUGUGACGUCUGGAUGUUUGGCGAGGAAGAUGGGCCUGCCGGUGAAGCUGGUUUGCUGUGUCAACACAAAUGAUAUAGUGUAUCGUACAAUUGUAAAGGGAGACUACUCUAUGAGAGAGGUGAAACAGUCUCUAGCUCCUGCCAUGGACAUACAGCUGGCAUACAACAUGGAGAGAAUCUGGCACAUGUUCUCAGAUGGUGAUGUUGAGAUGGUCAGCAACAUGAUGGCAGAGUUUGAGAAGACAAUGAAGGUCAAAGUCCCAGAGAAUCUCAGAACUAAGAUUGGUGAGGUGAUCAGCUCCCAUGUGGUAGAUGACGAGGGGAUCAAGAGAUCUAUGAUGAAGUGCUGGGAGGAGAACAUCUACCUUGUGUGUCCCCAUUCAGCCACCGCACUAGACUACCACUACAGUAGACAGGGUUCGGAGGACAAGCCAAGAGUGUGUCUGGCAUCUGCAUCCCCCGUGAAGUUCGAGGAGACCGUGUUGGCGGCAGGGCUGCAGUAUGAGAAGACGGACGCUGUCGUCAAGUUGCACAACUCACCCACAAAGUACCAGGACUGGAAUAAGGAGGACGACUGGGUGGCCAUGCUCCAGCAGAAGAUUGAAGACAUUGAGAAGACAGUUCAAGCCAGAAACACGGCAUAAACUGUCACUGGAAAUUAUAAUCUGAGGCAUCAUUACCAUCCAAGUACAUUAACCAAAUAUAGAAUGACAUGCAUCAUUUUAACAUGUGUAUCAAUUCCAUGGUGAUAUGACAGUAAUUGUGGGAUCUUACUCACAGUACAAGACGAAGCGUUGAUAUAUCCU